CUUCUUUCCUUGCUUUUCUUUUUUCUCUAACCAAUGUUGACCACGGCAAUGCCAGCAACAACGUUUCAGCAGCAGCAGCAAAGCAGCAAUCAUCAUCGCUCGUCAUCGACAUAUUUGCCUCCACGCGCUCCUGUCGUUAAGCGCAUGGUGACAGUACAGGAUGUCUCUAUUCAAGAAGAGCCUAUGCAAGGCUUAUUGAUUAUUCAAAGCGAUAGUGAGAAUGAUGAUGAUGAUGACGAUGACAGCUAUUCCAUGAGAACAUCACCAUCACCACCGGCCACACCAGCGACAACCGAAGAAUCGUAUGAUACCAUAUCAAAUCAAGACGCUGAUGAUCCGCCACCAACACAAGCACCAGGCAUUGAUGAUGAUCCUACUACGAUCGUCAAGAGCAGAAAACCUUUGCCUCAAAUUCCUUCUUCUUUUGAUCUUCAACAAGAAGGAGAGUUGCUGCUUGUUUCUACACAUUUGGAGACGAUUCAAGAGUCACUGGAUAGUACCAUUGAAGACGACGACGACGCCAUGUCCCGUAGUUAUCAGAUUCCAUCUGUCAUGCAGCAGGAAGAUCAUCGCGUGCAGGAAGAAAAGACAAGUGUAGAGCCAGAUUUACCUUUGCUCACUCCUCCUAGUGCUUAUAACUUGGGUUCCAUUCAGAAUGAAGAUCAACAACAACAACAACAACAGCCCCUUACGGAUAGCAACAACGCUGAUACCGAUGCCUCGAACCAUGAACAACAUAUGCAUCAGCAGCCGACUAGAUCUCUUGCAACCUUGGUUGCCCGGCCGUUGAUGUCGAAAGCACCGAGUGUGGAAUCAUUGUCAGCAGUGGGGGCUCAAAAACCAUUUGAGCCGUUUACUACUACUUUUGCUACUAAGGUCCCGGCUACCACUGCCAUGAUGGCCAGCAGUCAUCAGAUGCAAUCGCCACAUACGCCAGAAGAAAGCAAGCCAGCAACUAUAUGGUCCGUAGACACAGUCUUACACACUAACGACAACGAUAAUGACAAUGACGAUGUGGACGACAAACUUUCUCAGGCAACCUCGACUAUUUCGUCAAUGAAUGACGGUGCAUCAGCCUUAUUUGGAUUGCGAAGACGCGUAUCCAAAGAAGAAUUGCCUGAUCAACCACAACAACAGCAAACUUUGACUGUUCAAACUACAGUGACCGCACUUGCCUCAUCAUCAGCAUCUUUAUGCAGCCGCUGCAGCUCAUCCGUCGGCAGUGGACCUUCAUCUGCAACAUCCAUCAUCUCGAAUCAAGAACAACAGCUGCGUGCGCUUGCUCAACCACGACUCGCUCGACCUGCAUCUGUGAUGUCCUUUUCUCCGCGCCCUAGUAGCAUGUAUGGCGGAGGUGGCGGCAACAACAACGAUAGCCCAACAAACUACCAUCAUCAGCAACCAUUGUCCUUGAACCACCACCACCAACAACAACAACCGCCAUUUCCAUUCGCAUCUCGUGCUGCUGCUACUCCAGUAACAGGAGAACAAGAACAACAACAGCAACAACAAACUCAAGUGCUUCCAGCAGCACCCAUGCCGCAGUCGACGAGUAGUAGCACGUCCUCUUUGCUGCACAAGUCGCAGUCAUCGCCACAACUGUCGGAUCCCCUGGUACCUGUCCCCUGCAGCAAAUCAAAACUCAGUAUUGCCUCCUUCAGCCUGACACAUAACAAGGAUGCCAUCAAAACAUACAGACGAAUGGCAUCCAAAACGAACAACAAGGCGAUCCAGAUGACCUAUGCCCAAUACUUGCUCGAUGUGGCCCGACUCUACAGCACAAGCAAUAGCAGCAAUAAGAACACUCAUGAAAAUUAUAAAACACGCGAAACGCUGCUUUCGGAAGCAGGCUAUUGGAUUGAACGUUUAGCUAAAGCAGGUCAUCCAGAAGCGCUUUAUUUGAAGGGCAAGUGGCAUUGGCAUCCAGAGCAAGAGGAAUGUGCUGAAGCAUAUCGAUCUAAACCACAGCCGCUCAAGGCUUACAAGUGCUUCCAAGCUGCUGCAAAGACUGGGUCGGUGGAUGCGUAUUAUGAACUAGCUCGUUAUCAAAAGACACAUGGUGAAUAUUCGCGGGCAGUUUCUUGUUAUCAAAAGGCUGCAACCAAAGGUCACACACUCGCUACCUAUAAAAUGGCCAAGAUUUUGUUACGUGGGCAACUGCAGCAAAAGCGAAACAUCAGAUCGGGUUUGGAAUAUUUGAAGAAGGCAGCGGAUGCAUCCGGUCCUGAAAGCGCUGAACCAGCAUACGUUCUAAGCUGUGUCUAUUCAGAUGAGCUAGAACGCAUUGGUAUCGCUCGAGACUCGCAAAUGUCACGCAAAGAUAUACCUUUGGCUAUGCAUUAUUUACAAAAGGCAACGCAAGCUGGAUUACCAAUGGCCGUACACCAAAUGGGCAAUGUGCACGAAUAUGGGCUAUUGGGCCAACCACAAGACCCAUGGCAAGGUUUUGCUUGUUACACACGCGCUGCUGAAGAUGGAUACGAAGGAGCCAUGCUGGACUUGUCAAGGUUAUAUGCACAAGGUAUCCCGGGCUAUUUAAUGCCACAGCAUCAAGUCGCAUUCAAAUGGUGUCAUCGGGCCGCUUCGAAAGGAUUAGAACAAGCCGAAUAUGUAUUAGGAACUUAUUAUGAAGAUGGUAUCGGCACAGCACCCGACUACAAUCGUGGUCUGGAGUGGUUCAGCAAGGCUGCAUCCAAGGGGUAUGCACCUGCUGCUGAAAAACUCAAUUUGCCCAAGAAUGCAUUUCCCGCCCAGCCUCAACAGCAGCAGCACCGACAACACAUAUUGCAGGAGGACCCAGAAGAAGACAAGACGCUAUCGCGGUUAACGUCUUUACGUAGAAAGGCGACCUUUGAGCUGGUCCAUCAAACUGCAGCAGUAACAACAGCAAGAGCCGCAGAACAUGCUGUGCUAAAUGUUCGCAAUAAUGGUAGAGUUGGUAGCGAUAGCAAUGCUGCUGCUUCCAAUCCCUCCCAAGCGAACUGUUUUGUCAUGUAGACAGUAUAUACUUUCGCUUUGUUUUUAUAUAAUAACUAUAUCAUAUCCUCCGUAUAUAUAACCAUACAUAAUCUUUUUAUUCAUAACAUUCUUCCCUUCUCUCUCCACCCCCACCCCACCCUUUCAGUCACUGUUAAUGUUGUUAAAUAUAUAUUUCUUUUAUUUAAUUCAGAUUUGGUGUAUAAACUUGAUCUUAAGAUACCUCGCUUUACCUGGCUAUCGAAUUGUAACACACCGUCACGGUUAAACAAACAAUACACCACUGCAUAUAUAAAGAAAUGGCAGAUUGUUUUUUUCAGAAUACAUGGUGGAAAAUGCAAAUUUUUUAAUAUUAUAACGAUAAUGAGAUUUUUUAAAUAUGAAUGAAUGAGAGAGAGAGAGAGAGAGAGAGAAAAGAACGAUUAUUUCUUCUUUGAUUUGGUAACCUUGCCGC